CAGCCUCUCACCACUUGCCAGGAUUGUCUGAAUCCAUGUAAGCGAUGAGUGGACUUUGCCCCACAAAGGUUUCCAGGUGACUAGGGUCAAGAAGUGGUGGCAGGGUAAGAUUAUCUGGGAGGCCAGAAUCGUUGCCUGCUGAGCUCAGUGGUCUGAGGGGGCAAGUGCCGACAGCAGUUUGUAUCCUCGGCACGGAGAGAGCUUCGGAGACUUCUAACAUUGCCGUUUUCCUGCAUUCCCUACCAAGCUGUGGAAAUGAAUCCCAGGGCCCAGGAGGCGGAAUCCCUUCCUCAGAGCCUCCCUCCCGACCUGGAAAAUAAGGAUGAAGAGAACCAACGGCUUUCAGAGGACAGAGAGGGGGAGACGAGCGGGACGGCGAGGAGAAGUUGGGACGACAUCAUGCAACAAGUGAAAACUUACCUUUGGGAUCCAGAGAAGAGAGAAUUUUUGGGUCGCUCUGGCCAGAGUUGGGGUCUGAUUUUACUCUUUUACUUUAUUUUAUAUGCGUUUCUGGCUGGGAUGUUCACACUUUGUAUGUACACAAUGAUGCUUACCAUCAGCCCUUACCUACCUACUUACAGAGAUCGAGUCAGUCCACCCGGAGUUAUGAUUAGACCCUACACACACAGCUUCAUCGUUAACUUCAACGCAUCGGAACGCAGUUCGUGGUCAUCUUACGUGGACAGCUUACAUCACUUUCUGGAAGCAUAUAAUGACAGCCUUCAAGACGAAAAGAACAUAAAUUGCUUUCGUGGAGAGUACUUUCUCCAGGAUGGGGAAGACGACGCAGAGAAGAAAGCCUGCCAGUUUAAACGCUCCUUUCUGGGGAACUGCUCCGGCAUCGAGGACCCGACCUUCGGAUAUUCCACCGGCCAACCCUGCAUCCUGCUGAAGAUGAACCGGAUCAUAGGCUUCCUACCGGGCUCUGGAAAACCUGUGAAUGUUGACUGCCAAGUUCAGAAAGGCAACAAAAGCGACCUCAAGACUGUGGACUUCUAUCCGGAGAACGGCACGUUUGAUCUCAUGUACUACCCUUAUUACGGCAAGCUCACCCACGUAAACUACACCUCCCCCUUGGUGGCUAUGCACUUCACUGAGGUGAAGAAGAACCAUCCUGUGGCUCUACAGUGCCUCUUGCUAGGCAACGACGUCGUGAAUAACGUUAACAACGACCGCUUUGUGGGCCGAGUUCUCUUCACACUGAACAUCGGAGGGUAAUCGCGUCUCGGAUACCCUGUGGCUCGGUUCCACGCCGUCACCAUCAGUAGACACCAAAUUCUCUCCCCCCUGUUAAUUCGGAGAAUCUGGAGAACGGACAAUCUUGGAUUUCUCUGUACUUGAAAUGUCAAAUAGCACUGUUGGAUUGCGUGGAUGGGCUCUACCCUUGUGAAAAAUCAACAGAAUUCUGUUUUCUAUUUACUUGAUAAAAGUAGCCUUCUGUUUAUAGCCAUAGGGUAGUAUAAUUCCAAAAGAGAAGCAGCAAGUCCGCAGCAGAACUUCUAUUUAGACUCUUUCCUUUGAAUUCUAAGUAUUUUCAGAUGGUCCCUUCAGAGCUUGACUAUUGUGCCCUCCCAGUUCAGUAGAGAUCAAAUAAUGUGAAAGAUGGUUAACUGACCAGCCAGUUCUGAGCCAAGGUAAGGCCCCAGUACUAAGAAAUAAUUAGGUAUGUGUCUGUCUGAGAAACAAAUUGCAGAUAGCUGAGCCAAAUGGGAUUUAGUUACCUGAACAAUCCUCAGUCCCAACUAGUUUUGAUUACUAGCUUUCUAUCCGGGCUGUUGAAUUUCUCCCAUCAAUCUGAGACCAUUUAAUGCCAAAUACAAAGAUUAAAAACCUCCACACAAAUCCACAGGUUGCACAAAUCUGGCAAAUCCCCCCUCCAAAAAGUACCUAGCCUCCAAAUUCUUGUGACUAACCCACUUCGCCUCGGCCUUACGGCAGGUGAGAGGGAAGCGCUCGGGUUUAGUUCAAUGUCUCUCCCAACGUGGGAAGUGUGUCUACCAACUUUGUUAUAGUGUACUCUCCCAAUCGCUUAGUACAGUGUUCUGCAGACAGUAAGCACUCGAUAAAUACGAUUAACUAGUUCUCAGUUGCCUCGGUUGGCUGAGAGGGAGAUGAGUGGCUGAUAUUGAUAACAAGUCCUUUGGAUGAAUUUCAGUGAUCUUUCCUCUCCUAACAUGUAAAUUCCAAGGUAAAUACCCCGUUUUUCUUCCAUGGAUAUUUCUGAGCCUCUGGCAGAACAGCAAGGUUUUCUCUUCCACAUAUUGCUAGGAUACACAGCCUGGAAAUGACCACACUCAGCUUUAGGGCCAGAAAAGAACCAAAUCCCACUCUAGAGAUGUUCUUUCCCCCUACCUCACACAUCAGUUUGGUGGUGGGGAAGAAUCCAGCCGCAGCCUGUGGCAAGGCAAGAAAGUUUAGCAAAUUUCAAGGAGGUCCGUAUCCUCCUCUUCCUUUCUCAAUCUGCCUGCUGGCUUCAUUGUAAUUCCUGGUAGCUCCUUGUAACCGAGAGGAAACAGGGGCGGGGAAUAAAGGAGAAACUGCACUCAAAGCAGUUCCAUUUUAUGUUCAUUCUAGUUAGACGUUGGCAACGUUAGAAGUGAAGUAAUGUUUUGGACUGGCCGUGGAUUUCAAAAUGUCCAGGUUGUUUUAGCUUCCAUUACCACAAGUAAUCAAGAUUUGGCUGCAGUUAUAAGGAGAAUUGAAAGUGGCCAAUUUCAUGAUUCUUAAGAUUUCCCACCUUUAAAGUGAGGAGGGCUGUGCAAGUACAAUUCCAUCUAUAUGCAUUUACAGGUCCCCAAUUCAGCUCACCAGAAAGCAUUUAAGUUUUGUGUCCAAUGUUGCACUCUGCUAGGCCAACUCUGACUCCCCUGGGAAGGGGUAAUUUGGGUCAACUUUCUCCAAGGAUGGAAACCUCAACUAACCAAGAAGGGUCACUGAAAAAUGCCUUUAAGUGGAACUGUGGUUCUAGACUGUAAGCCCGGUAUGGGCAGGGAUUGUCUCUAUUGCCGAAUUGUACUUUCCAAGUGCUUAGCAGAGUGCUCUGCACACUGUAAGCGCUCAAUAAAUACAACUGAAUGGACGAAUGAAUGUAUGUGCAGAGCCAUUGGAAAGUGAAUUUAAUAACAUGCCGCCCUGAGGUGGUUUUUUUUCCCCCAUUUGUAAUUUAUCCUAGCACAGUACAUACCCCAAAACCCUAGUUUGCCAGCUACUAUCCAGUAGAUAUUCCAUUAUUGUCAAUCAUAUUUAUUGAUCUCUUACGGGGCUCUGCACUAAGCGCUUGGGAGAGUACAACAUAGCAUAUUCUUAUGUUAACAGUCUAGAGUGGGAGACAGACAUUACUAUCGAAAAAUAAAGAUUGGUACCUAAGUGCUGUCAAGGAGAUAUUUAGUCCCCAGGUAUCUUGGUUCAAAUAUGUCCUGUCAUUGUGGCCAGACUGGUAUUGGAUGGUAUUUCUGGCCCUCAGAUAUUGUUCCUUAUAAAGCCUGAUUUUUUUAUAUAGGGGAUUUGACCCUAAUAAACCUAAAUGAAAAUAAAAUGCAUGGCG